AUGGACUCUUUCGCCCACGAGAUGACCACUGUUCUCUACGGCAAUCCUCACUCUGCUUCUCCGUCUUCACAACAAUCAACAUCACGAGUUGAAGAUGCAAGGAUGAACUUGUUAACAUUCUUCGGGGCUGAUCCGACUGAGUACGAUGUGGUAUUUGUCGCCAAUGCCACAGCUGGUGUGAAGAUGGUUGUGGAUGCGAUGCGAACUCAAUCACAGGGCUUCAAAUAUGCAUAUCACCAGGCGUGUCACACCAGCUUAAUUGGAGCUCGAGAAGAAGCAGUCACUAGUAUACCCAUCGACAGUGACGGUAUUCGAUCAUGGCUAGGUGGUCACUCUCCUUUCCAGGAUGCUACCGGUUCAUCAUCGACAACCCUUUUUGCUUACCCUGCCCAAUCUCAUAUGGACGGCAAGAGGUAUCCUCUUAGUUGGACAAAGGACAUAAAAACAGUAUCACAGACCUCGGACCAGCAAAUGCUCACACUGCUGGACGCAUCUUCAUUCGUCGCCACAUCCCGUCUCGAUUUGAGCGAUCCUAUAAUUGCACCAGAUUUCACAGUUCUGAGCUUAUACAAAAUCUUUGGGUUCCCUGACCUUGGUGCUUUGUUGGUAAAACGCUCAGCGGAAUGGGUAUUCGAAAACAGAAGAUACUUUGGAGGUGGCACCGUCGAUAUGGUUGUUUCUGGAAAGGAGAAGUGGCAUGCCCCGAAAUCGAACUCCCUCCACGAACGAUUAGAGGACGGCACGCUACCAUUUCACAAUAUAGUGGCACUUGACAUUGCCAUGACCAUACAUCGAAAGUUAUUCAAAUCGAUGGACCAAGUCAGUUCGCAUACUUCAUACCUCGCUCAACGAAUGCUUCAGGAAUUAGAAAGCUUGCGUCAUGCCAAUGGGACGCCAGUCUGCACAAUCUAUACAUCGACAUCAACAUUCGAGGAUGAGCAAUAUCUAGGAAAUGGCCCAAUCAUUUCUUUCAAUCUAAGAAAUAGUCAUGGUGCUUGGGUAAGUCUGGCCGAGUUUGAGAAACUUACGAAUUCAAAGAACAUUCACAUCCGAACUGGCGGCCUAUGCAGUCCAGGAGGUAUCUCCUCAGCUCUUAACCUGCAACCUUGGGAGAUGAAGAAGAAUUUCUCAGCAGGGUUUCGUUGUGGAGCAGAUAACGAUAUCAUGUCUGGCAAGCCAACAGGAGUGAUUCGAGCCAGCUUGGGCGCGAUGAGUACCAAAGCAGAUGUUGACAGCUUCGUUGCUUUCAUCGAUGAGUUUUAUCGGGAAAGCGCUAUACCAGCCACCCCAUCUGAUUCACUUCUGCCUGAAUCAACUUUUGCGUCUCAAUCUCCUGCACUCAGGGUUAAAGACAUAACUAUUUACCCUAUCAAGAGUUGCGCCAGCUUUUCCACCCCAUCUGCCACACCUUGGGAAGUUCGUCCAGAGGGUCUGGCUUGGGACCGUGAAUGGUGCUUGGUACAUCAUGGUUCAGGGCAUGCCUUGAGCCAAAAGCGUUGUCCGAAAAUGGCUCUUCUGCGACCGGUUCUAGACUUUGAGAAGGGCCAACUGGUUGUUACGUAUCACGGAAAAGAGUAUAUUGAUCGGCUACAGCAAAUAUCUAUACCAUUAUCCGCGGACCCGUCACUUAUUGAUUCCGAUUUCGACAAACAAUCAUCAAGGGUAUGUGGUGAAAAGGUGACCACACAAAUAUACACUUCAGAUCGGAUCAACUCUUUCUUUUCUACUGUGCUCGGAAUCCCUUGUGUCCUGGCACGCUUUCCUCCUGGUGGACUGGGCAUGAAAAGCCGCCUUUCGAAAGCUCAGAUACAACGAUAUCAGCAACCAAACAAAACUCAUACAAUACCAGGCUCUUUCCCAGAUGUACCAUCGCCUCCCGACUCAGAUUCAGAGCAGCAGAAGCCUUCUAAGAUACUUCUUUCAAAUGAGAGCCCCAUCUUGUUGAUCCAUAGCUCGAGUGUCGAGGCUUUGAAUCGGGAGGUUACCAGCCAUGGUGGUACCCCUGUGGAAGACAAGGCCUUCCGGGCAAAUAUCAUUGUCGAACAGGCUUCUGGCCACAAAUCCCAGCCAGCAUUUUCCGAAGAUGGUUGGGACUCUAUGAGCAUUGGAAUUCAGAACUUCAAACUCAUGGGUGCGUGUCGCAGGUGUCAGAUGGUUUGUAUAGACCAAGAUACUGGUGAAAAGAAGGAAGAGCCAUUCGUGACGCUAGCAAAGACGAGACGAUUUGACGGAAAGGUCUACUUUGGGGUGCAUAUGCGUCACGAUCCCUUGAACGAAGGGGAGUUUAUGAGUAAGGAUUCGCAGUAUCCUACAAUCCAAGUAGGAGAUCCUGUCUCGGUGCAGCAUCGUGCUUAG